AUGCUCGACACCUUCCAAACUAACAACACCCUUAUCACAAUCCUCAACCAUCAACCCAAUCAUUCCCCCUCCGAAUCCCCAGCAAGCCCCAAAACCCUCCUCGCGGCAGGCGAUCUGGCCACAACUCUCCUCAACUCCGGCCUCGUGGCCUGGGGCCUCAAGCUUUACGAGCACCGGUCCCAUCUUAUUUCCCGCGCGGGGCUCUCUGUGUUCACGGUCUCGUCCCUCCUCGCGAUAAGCAAUGUGACGCUGGGGCCCCUCUUCGCGUCCCAAGCGCUGCACAUGCGCCCGGCGGCAAGGGCAAUCGCGUUCGCGGCACGGAGUGUCACGAUCGCCCUGGGGGAUCCGGUGAUGGGUAUGUUAGGCGGAGAUCAGGGGCUGAGCGCGGCGAUGGUGGUAGUGAGUGGGAUUGGGUAUCAGAUGGGGCUGGGGUUUGGGAUGGGGGCGUGGGUUGAGAGGUGGGUGAGGAGAUGGAUGAGUGCGAGGAUUGGAAAGAGCCAGGGUAAUCAGUCAGCUGUGGGGAGGGAAAAUCAGCGUGGGGGGAAUGAGGCGCAGCCUGCUCGGUCACAAGAAGGGGAGCAAGAUGUUGAGGAUGAGGCUGCGGCCUCGAGGAGGCGGGUAAAUGACCCCAUGACUGUUGCUGCGGGCGUCACGGUCGGAGUUAACGCGGCAGCCAUGGGGACAGCAUACUUGUACGAGGCGAAGAGUGAUGCAGCGCCGCAUGCGGCGUUAUCCAUGAUGGCAUUUGGGAUUAUGAUGGUUGUGUUUGCGAGCAUACCUCCGCUUGCGCAAAGGAUUGUGAGGGCAGUUCAGGGGGGUUGA